AUUCCAGUGCAAUUACCAAGCAAUCUACGUGACAAAAUCAAUGAUUCCUCAACGUCUCUUUUCCUUGUUGGUACUAUUUCAAUUUUAUGGUAUGUGUUCGAGCGAGUAUGAUGCCGAAGUCUUGAUUUURGGGGCCGGGAUGGCGGGAAUAGCAGCUGCAGAGAUUUUGGACAAUUCUGGCAUAAAAAACUUUAUUCUCAUCGAAGGAGGUGAUCGAAUAGGAGGUCGCGUCAAAAGCAUGAAAUUUCACGGAACCACCAUCGAACUUGGGGCAAAUUGGAUUCAAGGAGUUCACAAUAAUCCGUUGACAAAUCUUGCCAAAAAGUAUGGUCUCAAGGGAAAUAUCGAGACUCAAGAAUUUGUUAUUCGAAAUUCAACAGGUGCCAAUACAACUGACGCAGGGAAUAAAAAAUUAUACAAAAAAUCAUUAGAUAUCAUGGAAUCAAUCCGCCAAGAGAGAAAGAGAAAUAAAGAAGAAGACAUCUCAUAUAGAGUCGGGCUGCGUUUGGCGGGAUGGCAGCCAACAAGCCCUGAACAAAUGGUAGUUGAAUACAACAUGGCAGAUUUUGAAUACGCAGUUCCACCAAAGUAUAUUUCACUGCGAACCGAGAUGAAUACUAACACAAGCAUAAACGCGACGGAUGGCAAACAAAUGUUUAUUACUGAUCAAAGAGGAUUUUGCUACCUUAUUGAUAGAAUUGCAGAUGGAUUCAUGACAAGAAAUGAUAGCCGCUUAAAACUCAAUAGUCGCGUAAAAACAAUCUAUUAUGAUGAUAAAGGUGCGCGUGUGUUGACAGAAGAUGGGCGCAACUUUACUGCAAAACGAGUGCUGGUAACAUUUAGCAUUGGUGUCUUAAAAAGCAAUUCUGUGAAUUUCUCACCAAGCCUUCCGUCUUGGAAAAUGGAACAAAUUUUCAAGCUCAAUAUGGUCAUUUAUACCAAAAUCUUUAUCAAAUUUCCAUUCAAGUUCUGGGAUGAUAAUGAGUAUAUAUACUACGCGUCAAAGCGUCGUGGGUACUUUCCAAUUUGGCAAAAUCUCGAAGCGGACUCUCGGCUGCCAAAAGGGACAAACAUACUGCUCAUCACCGUCACACAGGAGGAAGCGAAACGUAUUGAGUUUCAAGAUGACAAACUUACACGUCAAGAAAUCAUGACUGUUCUAAAGGGGGUAUAUGGUAGUGAUAUACCAGAAAUGAUUGACAUGUAUGCACCUAAGUGGGGCCUUGACGACCUGUAUCUAGGUUCAUGGGCAAACGUUCCUAUUGGCAUGUCAAGUAGUGACUACGAGAGUCUACARAAGCCUGUUCAGUCAUUGUACUUUGCAGGAGAAGCGACGCAUGAGCUGUAUAAUGGCUACUUACAUGGUGCAUACUUCAGCGGUCAAAGAGCUGCUGCUCAAAUAGUUCGAUCAUUGCGAAGUGAUACUAGUAAUUGUCGAUGACGCCUUUUUUACAUUAAUCACAAUCAUAAAUAUUCUUUUCAAAAAAAGAUAAUACAUACAAUUUUCAAUUUUUACAUUUUUAAAAGCACAUUUCACGAAAAUAACUGAGAUCAUUGUUAUCUCGAUUUUUGUUACAAAUUAUUAUUUUAAAAAAUAGCACGAUUUGUUAUAAUUUAUGACAACACAAAAUUGAGACAUAUUUAAUGAUAUUAAUAUAUAAAAUGGUUUGCUCAAAACAAAUCCACGAAUUAAAGUGAGUGCAUGGCUCUCCUAUUUUUAAAAUCAUUAUUUAGCAGAAUUGAAAAUUGCUUAUAUAGAAGUACAAAUGUUGUACAAAAUUUACUAAGAAAUUUGUCCUUGUGAGAGAUUGCACGAGCGAAAGAAGCCAUAGGUUUUGUUAAUUGAUGGGCAAUGAUAACUGAUUUAAGAAGUGGUAAGCAUUGCCUCCAUUUAGUCUCCAUUUUCAGGUAAUAUAAGGUGAAACCAACGAGUGAACUGUUGUAUGUCAAACAGCGUAACCAUAGCGCCUUUCGGUUAUGCAAACAAUCGCCGUUUUCCCCGAAAAWGUUUUUUGAAAAAGAAGUAUGUCGGUAAGUUCAUAUAAGACAAUAUUAAAUGUUAUAUGAUAUAAGUAGCUCAAUAUUGUAUCAGUUGUAUAAUCUUUAAUAUUYAGAUCUUUUUAUAUAUAAUCAGCUUUUUACAUUUUGUAUAUUCAAGGAGUCAUAAUACUACCAAGACAACAAUACUUUGCUCAUUUCARGUCAUUCUUAAAAUAGAUUUUUGUUCGUUUUGGGGAUGAYAGUACGUCAUCAGUUGCUAAAAUUACGAAAAGCCSAAAAKWGUGCAAAGCAUUCUGGUCUUGAUUGUGACGUCAUAGUGAAAGUGGGCUAUUCUAUCGUUUGUAAUACAAUAUUAUCAGUAGUSCUAAAUGGUGAUUUAAUUGAAGAAUAAACAAAUACUGAUGCCAUGUUGUCGAA